UCUCGUCGAAUACAAACUUGGAAAAGCUGGAAGAACGGACGAUUCAAAUCACUUUUUAACUGUAAUUGAUACUUUGAAAUACUAUUAGAAAGUAUCUUCUGCUCCCUACGAACCCUGUGCAAUAAGGAAUGGUAUUUUGAUUGUACAACUAGUGGCUAGAAUUGAUUAAAUKGACUGCAAAUAUGAGACACAAACAGCUCUUAAGUUCUUGUGUAGAGCUCUUGGGCAGUUUUAAUGCCAGCUUACACGGUGUACAAGAACAUGUAGACUCAUAUUUGUCUUCUGUGAAGGAUGUUGAGGAAAACGAUACUAUAUUUGUUACUGAAGUUUUCUCUGGGUGUGUUCAACAUAUUGCAAUAUUAAAGGUUGUUGUGGAUGCAUUUUAUGCAGAUGUUGGAAAAAACUGCCUUCGUGUUGACAGAAACUUGUAUAUAGUCCUUACAUAUUUAGCUUUGUACAGACUGGAUGAAUUAGGUCUUUCCCACUUUAAAAAGUUUGUUGCAUCCCAGGAUUCCAACAAGAUGUACCGGUAUCUUGCCUUUAUGUUUGAUGAAAACAAUAUCAAAACAUGGAUGAAAGAUGAGUGGAGCAAGCAGUAUGAACAAAGCUAUGUGAAAUCAAAACUUGUCAGUCCCCUGUUAAGAUGGAUGCCAGAACUCAGAGAACUUGUCAGCAAACUGGAAUAUAAACAAACUAAUAACAGACCAAAAUCAAAGCCAAGCAAACCAGCUACAGAACCAAAACCAUUUAACUUGACCAAGCCUCGUCCCAGGAGUAUUCCAAUGCCAGAAAAGAUCCCAAAACUUAACAAAAGUAAACCGGUACCAGAUACAACCUACAAGCAGCCAAAAGAGGAAGAGACAUUGUCAAAAGUCCGUGAAGUUAAUAGAAAAAAAGCAGAGGAAGAACUGAUGAGAUCGUCAGCAAAGCAGUUUAGCUGUGCUAGUGCAGAGAAAUCAUCUAAAACUAAAGAAAGAUUGGAUAGAAUUAUACAAGAUGAAGAGUCAAAAUUACAGUUUAAUAAAUCAAAAUUAACAGAAGUUCCUUUGACAACAACUGGUAACAUACCAAUUCGUCUAAAUGCCGCAGCAAUAAUGAGAGAAGGAGUUUUAUUUGAGAAGAAAGAAGAGGAAGAACUCAAGAGGUUGGCGGAAUUCGAGAAGGGAGGCAGAGACCCGUCAGAGUUUUUAAAAUGGCAAGAAAAUAUGCGCAAGAAAGACAUGGACGAUCGUCUUGCAGAAAUUGAAAAACGAAGACUGGAAGGCAAGCUGAGUUACGAGGAAGCUAUUCUUGCACGUCAGAAUUUAAUCAAAGAAAACCAAGAAAGAGUUUUGCAAAUCAAGCAAGAGACGCAAGAAAUGAUGAAUGAAUAUAUGAAGAAGAAACUAGACCAAGAGCAGGAGAUGAGAAAACUUGUGGAAGAUACGAUGGAAGGACAUCAAAAUACCAAAGAAGCGAGAAAAAAACUCCGAGAAUUUAAACAAAAAAUAGUUCAAGACGUCGCUAAAGAAAGUCAAGAAAUGAUGAGAAAGGCCUUGGAAGAGGCUGAAGAAGAAAUGCGUCAGAAGGUUGCAUUGAUUGCUAAAAUACGAGCCAUCGAAAGUGUACCAGUAAUUCGAUUCAAGUAUGUCGAUCUAACGGAGACAUCAGGUGCAGGUCUGCUUGGUGAAAUGUCAAUAGCCGAGCUAAGGGAGAGACUUUCACUGCUGAAAACAGCGGAAGAAGAAGAGAAAGAAAAGAAGAGAGACGGUAUAUUAAAGUCUAAAGUGGAAAAGGAUCAAUACUUAAUGGAUACCCUAGAAACUAUCGCUAGACACCGUGCUGAAAAAGGCAAAGAGGCAGCCGUAAGACAAGAAGAAAAGAAAAGAAUACCAAAACAGGCGCCCAAAGAUCCAAAACUACAGGAACUACAGGACAAGCUAGAAGCUCGAAAAGCAGAAAGAAAACGCGAGAGCCAAAAAAUAGCCCAGACAUUAGCACCGAAAAAAGCUUUGUCAAGACGUCAGAAACAAUUAGAAGAGCAAAAGGGAAUGAUUGAAGAGAUGCGAUGGAAGGAACUGGAAGAGACGCGUGAACGAGCGGCUAAGCUACGUGGUGAUGGUUUGGCAAGUCGUACAUCGAACGGGGUUCGACCGGUCGCAAAAUUAAGAUCACAAAGACCAGCAGCAAAACUACUCUCCUGAUACUUUCUAGCCCAGAAAUAUUUCCUUUUGCUAGAUUAUUAAUAAUGUUAAAAGUAUUUAAACUCACUGUAUAUAAAUAAUGUUAUUGUUUCGAAUAAAAUGAUUGUUUUUUUUGUCA